CAGUGUGAGCUUUAUACAGUGUGUGAUUAGAAAAGUAAAGUGCUUUUCUUUCUUUCAGCUCUGUCAAACAAGAACAACAAAAAACCAUUACCACAGUUUACCAGAAAAUCCAAACACGGUGGAAGAAGAAGCGAUUCCGAGAAGCAGAUUGAUAUAGAGUGAGAGAACGAGAAAGCGAGUUUGAGUGUGAAUCUGGUUUGAAAUCGGAGAUGGAGAUUUCGACUCCAAGCUCUUCAUCGAAGCCGCUAUCCAUUACACCCGGCUCUAGGGUUUUGAAAAGCCCUCUCUCCGACGAACAGAUCUGGAAGCGUCUCAGAGACGCUGGCUUCGACGAGGUUUCCAUUAAGCAGAAAGAUAAGGCUGCGCUUGUUGCUUACAUCGCUAAGCUUGAAGCUGAGAUAUAUGAUCUCCAGCACCACAUGGGCCUUCUCAUUUUGGAGAGAAAGGAAUUGGCUUCCAAGUAUGAUGAAGUUAAGACCUUGACUGAUUCAUCUGAGUUACUGCACAAACACAAUUCUGCCAUGAAUAAAUCUGCAUUAACUGAAUCAAGGAAACGGGAAGAAACUUUAAAGAAGACAAUCGGUGUGAAAGAUGCAUGCAUAGCAAGUCUCGAGAAGGCCAUGCAUGAGAUGCGUACUGAAUGUGCUGAAACAAAAGUUGCAGCUGAGAGUAAGUUUGCUGAAGCUCACCGAUUGAUUGGUGAAGCACAGGAAAAAUUUACAGAUGCUGAAGCCAAGUUGCGUGCUGCGGAAUCUUUGCAAGCUGAGGCUACCAGAUACAACAACAUUGCAGAAAGGAAGCUUCAUGAUGUUGAAGCACGUGAAGAUAACCUCAGGAGGCAAAUGAUAUCUUUCAAGUCUGAUUGUGAUGAAAAAGAUAAGGAGAUUAGUCUUGAGAGGCAAUCCCUCUCUGAAAGGCAAAAGAGUUUGCAGAAGGAACAAGAAAGCUUACUUGAAUCACAAGCCUUGCUCAACCAAAGAGAGGAUCACCUUUUUAGUAAGUCUCAGGAACUAAAUCGUCUUCAAAAGGAGUUGGAGGACAUGAAAGUGAAAAUUGAAAAGGAACAUGAAGCAUUCCAUGACGAAAAAACCAGCCUAAAACUAUUAGAGGCCACCCUAUUACAACGAGAAGAGGCACUCAAUAAACUACAAAUGGAGCUCAACAAGAAAGAGAAAGAGUUGGUUGAAUUUCAAGUGAAGCUUGCAAAUAGAGAAUCUGAUGAAACUCAGAAAGUUACAGCUGAUCAAGAAGCUAUAUUGAGAGCUAGAAAACAUGAUUUGGAAGUUGAGCUGCAAAUGAAGCGCAAAGUGGUUGAAAGUGAAAUUGAGACAAAGAGACGGACAUGGGAAUUAAAGGAAGUUGAUCUUAAACAGAGGGAGGACCAAAUCCAGGAAAGGGAGCAUGAGUUGGAAGUUCUCACAAGGUCACUGAGCGAGAAGGAGAAGGAUCUGGUGGACCAAUCUAGUGCCCUUCAAGAAAAAGAUCAAAACCUGAGAGCUGCUGAGAAGGAGUUUGAGUUAAAUAGAACCAUUUUGCAAAAGGAGAAAGAUGAUAUAGAACAAGCAAAGCAAGAUCUACAGAUGUCAAUGGCAUCUUUGGAAAAUAAAACAAGACAAGUUGAUCAUGCAAAAGAGAGAUUGGAGGAAAUGAAAAGUGAAACAGGUGACUUGUCAAUUUUUGAAGUGAAACUGAAGGAAGAGAUUGACCUUGUAAGAUCUCAGAAGUUGGAGCUUUUGGCUGAGGCAGAUAAACUGAAAGCUGAGAAGGCAAAGUUUGAAGCUGAGUGGGAGCUUCUUGAUGAAAAAAAAGAAGAGCUGCAGAAAGAAGCAGAAUUCAUAGCAAAGGAAAGGAAAGAAGUUUCCACUUUUAUUAAGAAUGAGCGUGACCAGCUAAGGGAAGAGAAAGAGAGUUUGCGUAAUCAGUACACCCAUGACUUGGGGUUGCUUGCCAGUGAACGAGAAAAGUUCAUGAACAAGAUGGCACAGGAACAUGCUGAGUGGUAUGGCAAGAUGCAGCAAGAGCGUGCAGAUUUUUUGCAGGAUAUUGAGAUGCAAAAACAAGAGCUUAAUAACCUUAUUGAAAAGAGACGUGAAGAAGUGGAAAGAUAUUUGAAGGAAAGAGAAAAGACUUUCGAGGAAGAAAAGAACAGGGAAUUCCAGAAUAUUAAUGCUCUUAAGGAGAAAGCAGCACAAGAGUUGGAACAUGUUUCCUUUGAGAUGAAAAGGCUUGAAACUGAGAGGACUGAGAUCAAUUUGGAUCGUGAACGGAGAAAUAGAGAAUGGGCUGAACUAACUGAUUGUAUUAAGGAACUUGAGGUUCAAAGGGAUAAACUUCAAAAACAGAGAGAAUUAUUGCAUGCUGAUAGAAUUCAAAUUUUUGCUCAGACCGAAGAAUUGAAGAAGCUAGAGGAUUUGAAAAUUGUCUCUGAUGACAUUGCUAUUGCUGAAAUGGUUAGAUCUGAUAUGGAGUCUAAGCAACAAAUAAUCUCUGCAAGGAAAAACCUGAAGCAUCAGACUCUUACACAAGGUGGUCGGCUAAAUUCUCAUAAGGAAAUAGAUGUUGAUAAUACUCCAUAUGUGGAGAGGUCAUCAGGUCUUUCACCUCCUAGUCCUGUUCGAUUCUCUUGGAUAAAACGAUGCAGUGAAUUAAUUUUCAGAAAUUCUCCUGAGAAGCCACUUAUCAGGAAAGAGGAUUCACCUAUAGUGUCUGAUACAGGUAAUGUUAGCAAUGGUGGGAAAAAGCACAUGGAAAAUGACAACCCACUUAGUAGCUUUAGCAAAGGACAGCAAAUGGGAUAUUCUUCCGGAGAACCGAAAGUGAUAGUUGAAGUACCAUCUCGAGGUGAAGAUGCCAUCAGAACAAGUGAGUAUGAGUCUGCGACUAAAGAUGUCAAUGGGAAAACUUCCCUCUCAUUGUCAGAUGGACGCCAUUUGGGCAGGGGGAAAAGAGGCAGGGCGAACUUGACCAAUAAAGUUGACAACCCACUUGUAGAUCUGGGACAGAAUAAGAAACCAAGAGCUGAAAAACAAGCCGAAAAUCCUUUAGAUCAGGGCACUACCUUCUGUGUUAUUUCAAACCAAUCAGAUGUAUCAGAAGUCCAGCAGGUGUUAAUGUCGUCAAAUCAAACGCAAGGGAACACUGAAGAAACUCGUGUAGUAAUGGUUGAUAAGGUUAUUCAUGUAUCAGAAGUGACUUCAGAGAGAGUUGAUACUCACAUUAUCCCCAGUCAAGAACCAAAAGAUAAUUUGCAGAGUUCUGCAUUGGGUGUGGGUCACAAUCUUAAUGGAAAAAAAAUUGAUCAAUCAAAUUCUAAAACUAAACCAGAAGAUAUUUUACCUUCGGGUUCCAGUAUAUUGGAGAAGACAGAGGAAAUAUGCAAAGAAAGCAAUGAACAUUUUUCUGGACACUGAUAGGAACUGCUGAUGUUGGAUGAGAAAUUAGUGUGGUUAUGACUUAAGUAUAUAUUAGGAGUGUGUGAUGUUCUGCUUCAAUUACCAAUACAUGCCUGGCUGUACUUCCUCUCAACUAUCUCCUUUUAUCUUCACUUCAGAUUAUAUCUUAUUUUGAAAUUGGAUUCAUUAUCUUCUUGCCAUGCAGGAAGCAAAAGGAGGGCUCCUCAUUUGUUGGUGACUUGGAGCUGGGUGUGUAUGUAGAGAUAGAGAUACAUAACUUGGGGAUGUCUCAGCUGUGUGUAGCUGCACACACUUUAUGGAUGCAGUUGCAAACUAUAAUUAGGGUGAGUUAGACUGUUGAUAUCAAUAGUUCGUAAAAUCAGAAUAUUAUGGCUUCCUAAAAAGAAUUAAGAAAAAAAAGAAGAAAAUUUUAAAUACAGUAGGUUGGUUUUUCUGAUUGAGCGAGUUUUUCUGGCAUGGUUUUGUUUGUUGCUUUGAAACUCUCCAGAUUUGAGUCUUUGAUUGAGCGCGGAAUGUCAUGGCGUAGCCAUUAUUAGUGAUUUUAUUGUCUGAAGCUCUUGUAAAUGUUCUGGCUGGUUCUUACUUUGCAUUGUAUUGUGUCAAUGCUUUGCUGAUGAAGGUUGAAUUUUUUAAGAAGUUGCUGACAAGAGUUUAUACCUUUUAAGGUCAUGAAAAAUUAAUCGACCAAGUUUAAUGAAAUAAUAUCUUAAACA